AUGGAAGGGUGUUCAUAUCAGGAUGAGAAACAAGAAUGGAGAUUGGACAGGUUUGUGGAUAUUAGCAUUGGUAAGAUUGAGCACUUGGUAAGAGUUUCAGGCAAGGAACAGAGGUUUCCACUAAGAAGUUCCCAGGUAUAUCAGAGCACUAGUACCCAGCAGCUACACCCCUUUACAGAUGGUAAUGCACCACCAGCACCCAUCAUCCAUUCUGUAGGUGUCCUAGCGACUGUGCGACCUGCAAUGCCUCAGGCUGGUUGUAGAGAGCCCUCUGCUCCAUUAGCUGGAUGCGUGGGGUUGGAUCAACCUCCAUUGUUCUACCGUGAAACCAACCCCCAACCGCGAAAGCAUACCCUUUGGCAACAGUCGUCUGAUUUUACUGGAGGUCAAGCUUCAAUUUGGAGGAGACAUUAUGUUCAAUUCGCACCGGGAAUCCUCGACAAACACUUCCCAAUGCUUUUGCAAUGUGAUGAACGAAUGUUCGCAUUGAGCCAUCAACCCUUUCCACGCCAAGAAUCUCCUUUCUUCGACUCAAAUAUUUUUGGAUGUUCGGAAUCCACCUUCAACAUGUAUGGACAUGGAUCGAGAUUUCUCCCCGGUAUGCAAUAUCCGUAUCAAGCUUAUCCUACAAAUACAUCAGUUAAGGAUUUCCAUAGUACAAUGUCAAACUAUCAAUUUUUGCCUGAAAACCAGACUGGUUGGGGACAAGGAGGAAGUUUUCCUACAGAAGAAAAUAUUCAAGUUGCAGCAGCACCUAUUAAUUCAGUAACACAAUUUGCCGAUCCAUUUUUCGCUCAUCCUUCACCGAAUUAUGUGGGAGAUUCCGGGAUACCUAAUCCAAAUGCACGAGUUUUAUACAAUGUUGAGAAUCACCUGCUUCAAGAUUCUCAAGUUGUGUGCUGUGAUGAGACGAGCCUCAAUUCAAAAGUUGAGUCAACGUAUUCGUUGCUCGAUCCGCUGGAGGUGAAUUCUAGCAAUAUAUUUGCUCCGAUAGACGCGAAUCCUAAUACUCAAGUGAUGCAGAAUGGCAUUGAGAAUUCAAUGUCAGAUGGUUUCUAUCCACAAUGUAUAAGUUGGAUAUCUCAAUAUUCUAACGAAAAUGUCACGAUGCAGCCGGGAGUAAAUAACUUGGUUUAUCCGUUCGUGUUGGAAGGUUCGACCGAUGGAAAUUUUUCUUCUUCGAAUUCUAAUCCGGAUAUCAAGAAAUGGACUUGA